GCCAUGCUCCCUGCUCAGGAGGCAGCUAAGAUCUACCACACCAACUACGUGCGUAACGCCCGGGCCGUGGGCGUGCUGUGGACGGUCUUCACCAUUACCUUCGCCGUGAUCACCGUGGUGGUGUUCAUCCAGCCCUACUGGAUCGGGGACAGCGUCAACACACCGCAGGCCGGAUACUUCGGCCUCUUCCACUACUGCAUCGGGAACGCGCUCACCUCGGAGCUCACCUGCAAAGGGAGCGCGCUGGACUUUGGCUCCAUCCCGUCCGGCGCCUUCAAGACGGCCAUGUUCUUCGUGGGCAUCUCCAUGCUGCUGGUGGUGGGCAGCAUCGUCUGCUUCAGCCUCUUCUUCUUCUGCAACGCGGGCAGCGUCUACAAGAUCUGCGCGUGGAUGCAGUUGGCCUCCAGCACCUGCAUGGUGAUUGGCUGUAUGAUCUAUCCUGACGGCUGGGACUCUGACGAGGUAAAGCGCAUGUGUGGCCAGCGGACCGACAAGUACACCCUGGGCAACUGCACGGUGCGCUGGGCCUACAUCCUGGCCAUCAUCAGCAUCAUGGACUCGCUCAUACUCUCCUUCCUGGCCUUCAGCCUGGGCAGCCGGCAGGACAAGCUGCUGCCAGAGGACUUCCAGGUGGAGGGGAAAGGUAUCAGAGGGAAGGGAGAGUAA